AUGGCAAGACAGCAGGCUAUUGACUAUGCGACAAAGCAAGUUCCACAGAUUUUGCCCUUAGAAGAAUCUGAUGUUAAAGCGUUGUGUGAGCAGGUGCUAAGCACGUCAUCUGACAACCCAGAGCAGAUUGCCUCCAAAUUUUUAGAGUUUCUGGGACAUGAGGAUUUAUCCUUUGAAUUUGUUAUGAGGUUUAAUGAACUUUUGACUCAACUUGAUAAAGAAGAGGUGAGAAAAUCGAAAAAUGCACAUCUUGAACAGACAACUCCAAUUGCAUCUAAGAGUGUGCCAAAGCUCGUUACUCAUAACUAUAAAAACAAAGGCACGAUUGAGCAGCCGAAAAAGAAAAUAAACGAUGAUAGAAAAGAUUUGGCAAAACCACCUGCUGUGCAGCCGUCGAAUCAAAAUGCAAAGUCACAAUCGAAGAAAAAGAAAAAAGUGCACAAAUCCCAGCAGAAAUUACAGUCGCUGCAAGAAAUUGAUGAUGCUAUUAAGAUACUAGAGCUUCGAGAUAGCGGUUCCUCUAAUCAAACCUGUAAUUGCCAAGGCAUAAGACACCCGGUUUUCGAAAUAGCACCAAACUGCCUUCAUUGUGGUAAAGUGAUUUGUGUCAAGGAAGGACUGAAUAGAGGUGAAUGCGGCCACUGUCAUGAAGCGUUGAUUACUGAAGAGGAAAGGGCACAAAUGAUGAAAAUUUUAAACCAUGAAAAAAAUGAAUUAAAUGAUUCUUCAUCAUCAUCCAAUGAUUCAAAUAGUAUUAGCGUUCCAAGGAAAAAAACCAAAAGCUAUAAAAUAACUUCUGGUAUGGGUAAAAAUCUAUUUGCUGAACGGGACAAAUUGUUUGAUUUCAUCGAAAGGAAAAGAGAAAGAGAAAUAAAGCGUAACGAAGUAUUGAAAUUACAAGAAAAGCAGGAAGACACUAGCGCCAAUGAGGAACGAUUUGGUGAACAAGAUACCGCUGUGGAGGAGAAUCCUGAACUAUUAGCCGCACAAGAACGGUUAGAUAGGUUACUACAUUUCCAGGACACUUCGGCAGAAAGAACAAAAAUUAUUGAUAAUGCUAGUGAUUUCAGCAUGAACCAGGAAGCUGGAUUAUGGGGUAGUGCAAGAGAAAGGGCUCUUGCUUUGAAGAAACAGCAGCGUAAUCUGAGAAAAUGGGAGAAAGUGGAGAAGGAACGUAAUGGCAGGCGCGAAAAAUACGUUGUAAGCAUGAAUAUAGGCUCCAACGGUAAAGUAACCAUGACAGAGGUGCCCAAGGACACGCAAAAUGUGGUUGCUGAUUCAGAUGAUGAAUUGAACGAUAUAAGUGACGAAGAAGACAUCAGCGACUUAAAAUACAUACAUGAUCUGAAGGAUGAAAUAGAUACAACGAAAGCCAUGGAGAGUUCUCAUUUACAAUCAAAAACAUGGGAUCAUGAACGCGAUAAGAAACAGUUCGACAGGCCUACGUAUGUGAAAAAAAAUGCGAAUAGCGCACCUAAUGGUAAAAGAGAAGAAAACACCCACGAAGUUAAAGACUAUGAUUUGAGAUCAAGAGUGCAGGUGGACCAAAAUGCAGAGUCUUCGGUAGAACAGAAUAUUCUUGCAGUACUUUGA